GCAGAGAGGGAGGAGCGCCAGGGAGGAGCUGGCAGGCGGCAUUGCGGCUCCAGUCGGCGGCGGAGACUCGAGGCGCGGCGCUCCAUCUCAUCAUCAUCAUAGUCGUCCUCCUCGUCCCGCUGCUCCCCGUUCCUCCUUCGUCGAGUCUGCUCCGAUCCGCCAGUUUCGCAAAAUGGAUGAAGAAUACGAUGUGAUUGUGCUUGGCACCGGCCUCACGGAAUGUAUUCUGUCAGGCAUCAUGUCCGUCAACGGGAAGAAGGUUUUGCACAUGGAUCGCAAUUCUUACUACGGUGGUGAUAGCGCGUCCAUCACGCCCUUGGAGGAGCUGUACAAGCGGUUCACCCUGCCUGCCGGACCCCCGGAGUCGAUGGGCCGCGGACGUGACUGGAACGUCGACCUCAUCCCAAAGUUCCUCAUGGCUAAUGGCCAACUGGUGAAGAUGCUGCUGUACACGGAGGUGACGCGCUACCUCGACUUCAAGGUGGUGGACGGAAGCUUUGUUUACAAGGGAGGCAAGAUCUACAAGGUUCCAUCCACAGAGACAGAGGCCCUCGCCUCCAACCUGAUGGGCAUGUUCGAGAAGCGCCGCUUCCGCAAGUUCUUGGUAUUUGUGGCAGAGUUUGACGAGAAGGAGCCCAACUCCCACCAGGGCGUCGACCCGCAGACCACCACCAUGCGUGAUGUCUACAAGAAGUUUGACUUGGGACAAGAUGUCAUUGAUUUCACGGGCCACGCGUUGGCACUCUACCGCACCGACGAUUACUUGGAUCAGCCAUGCUUGGAGACCAUCAACCGCAUCAAGCUGUACAGCGAGUCACUGGCACGCUACGGGAAGAGCCCUUACCUCUACCCUCUCUACGGUCUGGGGGAGCUUCCACAGGGCUUCGCCAGGCUGAGCGCCAUCUACGGUGGAACGUACAUGCUGAACAAGCCCGUGGAGGAGAUUGUGAUGGAGAAUGGACGGGUGGUUGGUGUCAAGUCCGAGGGUCAGGUGGCGCGGUGUAAGCAGGUGAUCUGCGAUGCCAGCUACGCGGCCGACUACGUGAAGAAGUCGGGCCAGGUGGUGCGUGUUAUUUGCAUCCUGAGCCAUCCCAUCAAGGACACCAACGAUGCAAACUCCUGCCAGAUCAUCAUUCCUCAGACGCAGGUCAACCGCAAGUCAGACAUCUACGUGUGCAUGAUCUCGUUCGCGCACAACGUCGCGGCGCAGGGGAAGUACAUCGCCAUCGUCAGCACCACCGUGGAGACGGAAGACCCCGAAGCCGAGGUGUUGCCGGCCCUGCAGCUGCUAGAGCCCAUCGAUCAGAAGUUUGUCACUGUUUGUGACAUGUACGAACCCACCGAUCUUGGACUCGAAAGCCAGAUUUUCAUCUCGCGUUCCUACGACGCCACCACUCACUUUGAGACUACGUGCAACGACAUCAAGGACAUAUACAAGCGCGUGACGGGCGCGGAUUUCGACUUUGAAGAAGUCAAGCGCAAGAAGAACGACAUAUUUGGGGAAGAGGAGCAGUAAUAAACCCUAUCAAGCUUCUUUCACUUUUUCCCUAAACUCUUCCCUUCCCACUCCCCUCCUUACACCCAACACUCCCACGAGUUGGGCUGUCGGUACAGCCUAGCCAAUAAACCACACCAAUUCACACCUCUUCACCAGUGACGUACGUAAGUCUCCAUGUUGCAACUGUAUGAAGUCCUGUAGGAAAUUCAGCUAGAACGACGCUCGUGACAUUCUUUUUUUGGGACAAGAGUUAACGGUGCAAUUUGCAUGUAAUUAUAUUUGUGUUAACGUACCCUACUUGCGAAUUUACAACUGCAGGUGGUCCAAGUGAAUUGUACAGAACCUAAUUCAAAUGUUUCACUACAGCUACCCCAAGUUAUAAAAGAAUGGCUGAUAAUUGACACGCUUAGAUUGGCUUCCCAGAGAAGCUGGCGGCAGCAGAUGUGAUUUUCCACGCAGAGGUUUGACACUGAUAACGGUCCAAAACAUGAAGUAACCAUGAAUCUGUUUGGAGUAAAACAGUACAGUAUUAAGAGUAACAAAUUCCUUUUGAAGUUGAGUUUUGAUUGCACUUUCUAAGUUGAAAAGCACUCAUUUUAACGAACAUUCCUGCUAAAGUAGGCAAGUUUACAUGGUGUGGAAAAAAGUGAACCACAAACGGUUGUAAUUUAUUCGGCAACUGCCCUGCUGCUUUAAAGAAGCGGACUGGACCACAUUUUAGACUGUAGCGUGAUAACUGCCUGGUGUUGUAGCCGUUGUGCAAUGAUAUAGUAACGUAGUUAAUCUUUAACGAGUUAUUACAGUUAUGAUCCUCAAGUUGAACAAUGUAUCACAGUAGUAUCGAUAGUAUGGUCAUCUUUAUCAUGUUCUGAUGAGGAAUUAAACAUUGGCAUCAUGGUUGUAAAUCUAAAUAAAGAACUGAAGGAUGA